AUGGCCAAGGACGAGGAAGCGGGAGUCGAGUUCCAAGCCAAGGACUACCAAGACCCUCCGCCGGCACCGCUCGUGGAUGUCGAGGAGCUCGGCCAAUGGUCCUUCUACAGAGCUAUCAUAGCCGAGUUCAUCGCCACCCUCCUCUUCCUCUACAUCACCGUGCUGACCGUCAUUGGGUACAAGAGCCAGAUUGACGCUAACAAUGGUGGGGACGAGUGCGGGGGUGUCGGGAUCCUCGGCAUUGCCUGGGCCUUCGGUGGCAUGAUCUUCAUCCUCGUUUACUGCACUGCCGGCAUUUCUGGAGGGCACAUCAAUCCAGCGGUGACAUUCGGGCUGUUCCUGGCCCGGAAGGUGUCUUUGGUCAGAGCCGUGAUGUACAUGGCAGCCCAAUGCUUGGGGGCCGUUUGCGGGUGCGGGCUCGUGAAAGCGUUCCAGGAGGCCUACUACACUCGUUAUGGUGGUGGUGCAAAUGAGCUGGCUGAUGGCUACAGCAAGGGCACUGGACUGGCUGCUGAGAUCAUUGGGACAUGCGUCCUUGUCUACACAGUUUUCUCUGCCACCGAUCCCAAGAGGAAUGCCAGGGACUCCCACGUUCCUGUCUUGGCACCACUUCCCAUUGGAUUCGCGGUGUUCAUGGUUCACCUGGCAACAAUCCCGAUCACUGGAACCGGCAUCAACCCAGCUCGCAGCUUUGGAGCGGCUGUUAUUUAUGGCAAGGACAAGGCCUGGGACGACCAAUGGAUGUUCUGGGUGGGCCCCUUCAUUGGAGCUGCCAUCGCAGCCCUGUACCACCAAUACGUUCUCAGGGCCGGAGCUGGCAAGGGUCUCGGGUCCUACAGGAGCUCCUCUGUCAUCUAAGUCGAUCUCGAAAUCGUGAUCGCGUUCUGUCCUAAUAAGUAUUAAGGGCAGUCUAUGGAAGAAGAUGUAAAUGGCGAUAAGAUGUAUGCUGCGGUCUCUGUCUGCCCUGGCACUUGUUUUUGUUGUGCCUUUUAGUGGGCUAUCUUUCUUAUCUUGCUGUGUUUUCUUUCUAUUUUGUUCUUAUGUUCUGCUAUUCCAAGAUCUCCAUUAAUGCAAAUGCUUUUCGAAGUUAA